AUGUUGAAGCCUGGAGAGCGACGCCCCUUGGCUUGCACCGUGUGUGCAAAGGCCAAGGCACGAUGUAUAGUCAAAGAGAACUGUGAGAAAUGUGAGAGGUAUGUCAUCCUCUCGAAGCAUGAGACGUACAUGGACUCAAUCAUUACCCUUCACAGAUGUGACAGGCUUCGAAAGACAUGCAUAUCCAGGACGCCGGCACCGCCUCGCCCUAAAAAGGUUGUCAAGCGGUCUCAGAUACAAGAUCUACAACGGCGCCUCGAGGAGCUGGAAUCCUCCAAAGUUGCCAAAGUGGACAUGGCCACGCCCAUGAUCAGCAUCAGCGGUGCCAGCGACUCUCACUCUCCUCAUACAACGCCAGACCCAACUAUGGCUACAGACGUUCAGCCGAAAAAGGAGGCCCCAAACCGUCUGGACGCAGGCUUCAUCAGUCACAUCUUCCCGCCCUUCACGUCGACGACACCGUGGCCUUCCAACGACACGCUGUGCAACAGUCCGUGCCCGAACCAGCCCUGGAUCUCACUAUGGCCGCUCGAGUCCGAGGCGGAGAGUCUCCUGGCCGACUAUCGAAGAACUGCGGAGCCGCUCUUCCCCUUUGUCAAGGUCCCACCCAACCUGCGCGCGGCGGAGCUCAAGACGAAGCAUCACUUUCUGUGGAAGGCGAUCAUGAUGGUGGGCACGUUCAUGGAUGGUGUCCGACACGGACGUGUGGGCGAGGAGCUGCUGGCGGAGAUUGGGCGGAGGACCAUGGUCGAGGGCGAGAGGAGCCUCGAUCUGCUCAGGGGCAUGCAGCUUCUGGUAGCCUGGUUCCACCACGCACUCGGUAGCUCGAGACUGACCAACCUGCUGUUUCUGCUGAGGAGUGUGGCGCUCGGGCUGGAGCUGAGCGGCAAGGCGGGUCUUUACGACCAACAAGAGGACCGAGGUGCUGAUGAACACGAGCCAGCUGGACAAGUGCUGCAUGAUCCUCGAGGAGGCGCAUCAGUUCGAGUCGGACGGGCUGCUCGUCAAGCUCGUGCGCAUCCAGCAGCUCGCGCAGUCCAUCUCGCUGACGGUGUUUGUGGAGCCGGGCCAGCAACCGAUGCAGCUGCCCAUGACCAUGGUCGUGCGGUCGUUCCAGGACCAGAUCAACAGCUUUCGACAGUCCUUUGGCGCCGACCUGGAGAGAUUCCGUGGGUGUCCCUCCUGAUCCCUGAUCUAGUGGUGUUGUCUGACUUGUACACAGCCAUGCUGGAAGCCCACAUCUGCAUCGCCCAGAUCCUCCUCACCGAAUGGGCCAUUUCCGACGUACACCUCGCCACCCCCAUGACGGACCGGCUCAACCUCCUGUGGACCUGCCUGCGUGCGCUGCGCAAGUUGUUCGACGGCCGCGUCCAGGAGUGGACCGACCUCGACAACCCGCAAUUCCUCUGCCUCUCGGGCUCGGACGUGUCGUACGCGCUCAUCGUGGGUAUCCGGCUCAGCACGCUGCGCCUGCCGGGCUGGAACCUGGAGCAGAUUGAGCAGGAGCUGCGGUUCGGGGCCAUUAUGGACGCCGCGAUCGAGCACCUCUCCCUGGUGGUGGAGAGGCGGCGGUCAGGCGUGUUCAGCGUGGCGGCGCGCAGCGAUGGGCGCGCAGAUCCGUUUACGGGUCUCCUGCGGCUCUGCCAGCGGAUGAGCGUCCACGUGCGGGAGGAGAUGAGGCGCGCGGCCGAGGACUACAGGAUGGGCAGCAUCGCCAUGGACGACGCCGGGCUGGGGGCUGGGGGGUUGGGUGAUGGGUUCUGGAGGGACAUGAUGGGGCAGUCGGGGUCGGUUUGGGAGGAUGCCAUGCCUAACAUGGAGGAGUUGGACGGUCUGCAGAUGGGUUUCUGA